UUCCGUUCCCUCCAACUCCGGAGCUGCUGGAGAGGCGACGUGUGCGUGUAGCCCGGUGACGGUGCACGGACACACACCGAGCCCAAACUUCAGACUGGAUUCAGAAACUGGAGCCGGAGCAGCGCCUGUGCCUCGUAAUUGGCGCAGUUACGCGGACGGUUGUGCGCCAGUCUCAGUGGCUGAGGAGCGUCUUCUAGAGAACAUGAACACGUUAAAGAGCCGAGGCGGCUCGUCUCCGCGCUGAAAGUUUCAGUGGAGCUUCCGUAAAACUCCGGUCAGUCGGACAUAAUAAAAUCUCAUCGAUCCCGUCACACAUCCAGCUGCCAGCAUGCCCAUCAUCAGCAAUGCCAACCACGACUUCAGCACCUACUCCAUCAGCAGCGACGACAGCAGCCUCGACCGCUUCUUCACCGAGAUCCCGGAGACCGAGACCCUCAAAGGCGUUUACUUCCAGCGCGCCCAGCUGCUGCGCGACCCGAAGGCCUCAUACGUGGUCGACCACACCCUGCAGGUUCUGGUCAAUGUCGGCGGCAACCGCUACACCUUCCCCUGGAGCACCCUGGAGCAGUUUCCUCAGAGUCGUCUGGGUCGCCUGCGCUUCUGCACCACCCCCGAGGAGAUCGCACGACUCUGCGAUGACUACGACGAAACCUGCCAGGAGUUCUUCUUCGACCGAAACCCAACAGCCUUUAGGGUCAUCCUCAACUUCCUGGCUGCAGGCAAACUGCGUCUGCUCCGGGAGUUAUGUGCCGUUUCGCUGCACGACGAGCUCGACUACUGGGGCGUGGACCCCAGACAUAUGGAGCGCUGCUGCCGCCGUCGCAUGAUGGCCCGGGUGGAGGAGGUGGCGGAGCGGGAGCAUAAGGAGGAAGAGUGGAGGCAGAAGAGGACGAUGCUGAAGAAGAGCAGCUCACAGACGGAAAAGGGCUAUCGCAGACUGAUCGUGGUGCUGCGCGAUAUGGUGGAAAACCCUCACUCCGGCCUGGCCGGGAAGAUGUUCGCCUGCCUCUCCAUCGUCAUGGUGAUGGUCACCGUCAUCAGUCUGUGCAUCAGCACCAUGCCGGACCUCCGAGAUGAGGAGACGAAGGGCGAGUGCUCCCAGAAGUGUCACAACAUGUUCGUGGUGGAGUCCAUCUGCGUGGCCUGGUUCACCUUGGAGUUCGUGCUCCGAUUUAUCAACGCCCAGAGCAAGCUGGCCUUCGCCCGCGGCCCGCUCAACAUCAUCGACGCCGUUGCCAUCCUGCCGUACUACGUGUCCCUGGUGGUCGACAUCAAAGACGAGUCGCACGAGGACGUCAUCAUGGGGGCCGGUAGAGGCUACCUGGACAAACUGAGCCUGAUCCUUCGCCUGCUGCGAGCCCUGCGGAUCCUCUACGUGAUGCGGCUGGCUCGCCACUCUCUGGGCCUGCAGACGCUCGGGGUGACCAUGCAGCGCAGCAUGAGAGAGUUCGGCCUGCUGCUGCUGUUCGUCUGCGUGGCCGUGACCCUCUUCUCACCACUGGUUCAUUUAGCCGAGAGCGAGCUGGCGCCGUUUGCCGCCACGCACCCCCACCACAGCUUCAGCAGCAUCCCGGCCUCCUACUGGUGGGCCAUCAUCUCCAUGACCACCGUGGGCUACGGCGACAUGGUGCCGCGCAGCAUCCCCGGACAGAUAGUGGCGCUGACGAGUAUCCUGAGCGGCAUCCUCAUCAUGGCGUUCCCGGCCACCUCCAUCUUCCACACCUUCUCCCGCUCAUAUCAGGAGCUCAAGCAGGAGUACAAGCGGGUGUGGAAGGAGGAGCGGGACGAGGAGAUAGCCGCCGAGUCGGGGAAGAGCUGCUCCAAGGAGGAUUCUUCACGAGAUGAGCUCAAAUCCGUGUCGAAGAAUGGGAAUGACGGGAUGAAGUCGAGCAAGACUCCCACGCUUCCGUCUGCAGCAUUCUGAUGGAGGUCAUGUGACACUUUUGGCUCAUUAUGUUCCCGUACAUUAAAACUCUGGAGCUAUUGUACGAUGAACAAAAUAAUAUUUCACGCUCUAGAUUCAUGUUUCCAUCAAAGUGUGUCCGCAACUUAUCAGGUUAUAGUCGCCUCUUAACUUCCACCAGGUCACUGAGGUUUGUUUACAUCAAUCUGAGCUUGAUCCUGAUUCUGGCUUCACACAUUUAAAUGGAUUUGAUCACGUAAUAUUAAAAAUGCACGCUCCUCCAAUAAAAAGGAAAUCGAGCACUCCCUAAAUCAGCGUCUGACCACCUGCCUGCGUGAGCCAAUCGCAGCUGUCCCCUGCACUGUGCCGCCGGCUCCACUGAUUAACCGAGAAGAUGUUAUGCAAAGAGUGCAGGAGAGCUGCGUCUGCACCAUAAAGCAACACAAAUAACCCGAGAACACCCAGAACUGUAGAGUAACAAUCAUCCAGCAUCAGCAAGGCUGUGCAGCAUCCACUCACAGAGAAACACUCAAAUCUCAUUUCAAGUGGUCAAAGAUAAGUGCCGUCUAACCACGGUGAGUAAUGAGAGCUUCAGGAAAAUGGUCAGCUUACUGGCAAAACCUCUGUUGUUACCUCAUGCGGUUAUUUUUCAAAGCAGCAAAAUGUCGCACGAACAACAAUCUUCCUUCUAGGAGACGAACGAACACUUGAUUCAUCUGCAGAUAUUCAUUUAUAAAGAAUAACUACAGGAAUGUUGCAUUAUGUAAAAGCAGCACCCUGCUGAUUUAAAUUUCUGCAAAGUUUUGCAAAAA